AACGCAGAAUUCGUGUUUGUGACUAAUUGUUCGAAUAGGCUUUAUUAAUGGCGUUGGUUAAAAUAAUUUAUAUUAUCCUAAUUAUAUGUCUCCUAAUUGUGUUAACAUUACAAAGAAGAUGUAGGACUAGAAAUAAGCAACGACUUUGUUUUCAAAAGGUGAGAAAUUUGUUUUUUCUAACUAUCCAUCAUGCUUCUUGAUGUACCCACGUUUAUAGGUAAUAUGAUUUAUUUAAAAUAUCUGAUCAAUGAUGAAUAAUGUAAAUUUGAUUGUUUCGGAGCAUUUUUAAUUUUUUUAAAGUUAAUUUUAAAUCUAUUGCCGACAGUUAUUUUAAAAUUAUGGUGAUGGCAUUAAAUUUACUAUUAAAACUUUAUCUAAUUAUUUUACUUAUGUGACAAUAAGCCGUGAGUAACCAGCCACCUUAAACAAUGAAGAUUCCCGAAUGGAUAUCCAAAGAACUUUUCGAAACUAGUCUCAGAACAUUUUUCAACAACAACGACAUACAAAUAAUAAGUUUCACUACAAAAGAUGCAGUAGCAGCUGGAGAAAAUUACACCAGUGACCUUUUCAGAACUUCAGUUACUUUCCAGUGCAAGAGAACAGGAAAAAAAGAUUGUAUUUCGGUGAUCGUCAAAUGUGGUAACGAAGAUGGAGGAGUCAAACAGGACAUCGCAAAAUCACUACACAUUUUCGAAAAAGAACAAGAAAUGUUCACGAAAACUUUUCCAGCCAUUUAUGAAGUAUUGGACGAAGACUUCACCAUGUGUUCAAGAUGUCUUUACGCAACUUUAGAGCCACAUGCUGUCUUGGUAUUGGAAGACCUCACGAAAUCUGGUUACGACGUUCUGCCCCGCCACAUUGGUUUCGAUUUGGAACACUGCUUCAGGGUUGUGGAAAAAAUGGCCAAGAUGCAUGCCGGAUCGGUGAUUAUGUACGAAAAGGACCCAUCUUUGGUUAAACACUACAAUGAGGGAUUGUAUGCAAACAAUCAACUCGUCAGAGAUUGGGUAUCAGCAGGAUAUGCUGCCCUUAUUGACGCAUGCUCUAGAUGGCCUGGAUACGAAAAAUAUGGUUACAAAUUGCAAGCUCUUGGCGACGAAGCUUUGGAACGAGGAUUUCACGCACAGAAACGCAGACUCGGAGGAUUCCAUGUGCUAAACCACGGCGAUCUUUGGGUUAAUAACAUGAUGUUCGCCUAUCACCCCAACGGAAAACUCCGAGACAUAAAAUUUAUUGACUUUCAAAUGAAUAUUUUUACUAGUCCAGCUAUUGACUUGCACUACUUCAUAGCAACCAGUACGAAGAUACAAGUUAAAUGCGACAGCAUCGAGGCAAUUCUUGAUCAUUACUAUGCCCAGUUAAUUGCAACUCUUGCUAAACUACAGUACUCCCUGGAGCGAGUACCAACGAGGGAGCAGUUCAAGAAAGAUUACAACUAUCGAGCAUUUUAUGGACUUAUGGGAGCAGCUACUGUUCUAGCAUUUGUUAAAGCAGAUGCUAACAGAGCUGAUGCCUCGUUCGAGAACAUCAUAAAGGACCCCAGUCGAGAAGGAUUCAGGUAUCAUGCUUACAAUAAUGAAAGGUACAGAAAACACAUGGAACAUUUAUUACCAUAUUACGACAGUUUCGGGAUUCUUGAUUAGUUAAAUGGUCGAAUCAAAGUAGUACCAAGAUGUAGGAAAUAAUCGACGAUAAUAUAAAAUAUACUAGAAAAUUAGCUGUGGUGAUUGUGAAAUUAAAGUAUUUUAAAAAUUGUAAACUAAUAAACAAUAAAAAAUACAAAAAAUGUUUUAAAUAGA